AGUACACAACAGUAGCUACAUUCCCUCGACUAACGUUUUGUGUUUGUUAGCUUCAUUAGCCGCACAGUUUUGUCGUCAUUGGCAUUGUCACUUUUAUUUUUAAAUAAGGCGUCCAUUUUUUACUUUAUGUUAUGAUACACGCAUAAGUUCGGCGGAGACAAGCGUGUGCGAGCCGACAGCCACAAUGGCGUAUAAGCUGUCCCUCCAGUCGAAGCUGUCCUCCGUCAUGGAGGCGAUGGCCACAUCCGCCCUGGCUCAGGUCCUCCAGGCGGUGGACGAAGACGCGGUGGAGCUGCGCCUGGAGGUGUCUCGGCUCCAGACUCUCAACUCGGCCCUGGCGGAGAAGGUCGACGAGCUGGAGUACGAGCUGACGGCCGCCAGAGAUGACGCCCCCAAGCUGGGUAAAAGUCACCGAACCGUCGCGAUCCAGACAGACGCCGAUUCUGACGAAUCCCAGUCUCCUGUCAUAGAGGGAGUCUUUGGACAAGACUGGUGCCUAAACCUGUGGAAAGACAGAUUUCAUGGCGGUCAAAGGAAAGACAACACAACAUCUCAGCACGUGGACGAUACUAUGGAUAUGUCCAUACCUCUAGACAGUUUUUCUUCAAGCGACUCAACGGAGCUGGAAAAAGGCGCAGAGUUUUGGAGUUUUGAGUCUCUUUCAGAGGCGGUAGAACGCUGGCAGAAGUCUAAUUUGGUGGAGCUCUAUAAGCGUAGUUCCAGGAGCGUGGAAAAUGCCUCAAAACGGGCGAGGAAGAAAAUGUACAGCCGGGAUUUAGUUUUCGCCGAGCUGGACUUUGCGUGCGUUCACGGCAGCAGAGGCCCAGCUCUAAAACGGUGUCCCUUCACCAUCAAAGUGCGAGUUACACCUGAUGGAAGGAAGCUGUUUGUAAAAGACAUUAGUAGUGUGGAUUGCCACAACCACGGCCUGUCUCGAGUUUUAAUGACCGGGCCUGAUCAAUUGGACGUGAUUCAAGUCAAAGUAGAAGAUUAUAUGCAGGGUGCUGCCGGCAGCUUCCAUCAAGAAAUGUUUGGUCAUGAAACUCACAACAGUACACCGUGGACUAUCCGCGAGGUGCAGACCUUACUCGGCAUCCUCGCCGAAGACAAGGUGCAGCAGGAUCUGGUGGGCGCGGUGCGCAACAAGAAAGUCUUCCAGCUGGUCUCGCAAAGAAUGGCCGCCGAGGGCUUCCACAGGACAUGCGGGCAGUGCCAAUUGAAAUGCAAAAAGCUGCGGUCCGACUACAGAAAGAUAAAACAGCAGAACCGGCGAAAGGCGUGGAGGUGGUUCGAUCUGGUGGACGCCGUUUAUGGCCGCAGGCCGGCUAUUGAGAAGAGCGCGGGACACAUGCACACAACGAAUUCUUUGCUGCAGGCCAUGGUGGAAUCUGUAGUUGAAAAUCUGGACUCCAGCUGCGACAACGGCGAGCAGAUCACCUCGCCGGGCGGUUCGCCCAUGAGAGCCCCGGCAGAACCGGGACCAUCAACCCAGUGUGCCCCUCGCCUUCAUGUACCUUCUACAAAGAGGAAGAGCGAGGACUGCGGCGUGACCGUGGAGCUGGACGAAAUGUCCGCGUCGGCGCAAAAGCUGCACGAACAGAACUUCCACGUGUACACGGAGGAGGCCCAGCUGGUCAGGCAGAAUCUGGAGCAGUCGGCCGCCGUCAACCAGGGCUUUUUCAGGGUUUUUCAUUCCAAGGUGAAGCCGAACUGAACCAUGCUGCUUAUUUAUAGUAUCGCAAACCCUCUCCUGUUGUUUUAAAAUAUUGUGUACCCGUGUCAUAGAAGUAAGUUGUUCUCCAAUAAUCAAAAAGUAUGAGCAGUAAUAGGCUGUAUUGUUUAUAAUAACUCCUCUGCUUUCUUUACACAAUGUAUGGAAGACAUGACCCAAAAAGGAAUAACCUGUUACAUUAUGGUGUGGGACCAAGAGCUCUUGAACAAAAUUGGCAAUGUAAGUAUUUUACUAUUUGUCACUAUUUCAACAGACAUGCUCAGUGUUUUCUCUUUUUAAGAAAUGAUCAUUGAAUGCACAUAAAACCAUGUAAAAGACUAUACUGACAAUACAAUGAUAUGCAAAUCCUUUUUAACUUAUAUUCAUUGAAUAGACUGCAAAGACAAGAUAUUUAAUGUUGGAACUGAGAAACUUGAUUUUUUUUUUUGCAAAUCGUUACCUUAGAACAUAGCUGGGCAAAUAUUUUGACUCGGGGGCCACAUUGAGAUAAAAAUGUGUCUGGGGGGCCAAUGUGUAUGUGUGUAUAAAUGAUAUACAGUGUUUCCCAUAAACUGCCAAGAUACCUGUGGCGGUGGGGGCGUGGCUAUGGGCGUGGUCACCAUGACAUCAUCGAGUAAUUUGCAUAAUGUACUACAAUGAUAUGAUUUUCUCUAAAAAGGCUAAAUAAAUGUAUACUUACUAAUUAAUAACAGUUUUGUUUUAAACGUCCAUCCAUCCAUCCAUCCAUUUUACAAUAUAAUUACAACACUUUAUGUACAUAUUUAUAUACAGAUUUGAACAAUAAGUUAUUCACUGAAAUAUAUUUAUUAUUUGUGGUUCUUACAAAAAAUAUAUCUUAUAAAAUAUAAAAGCUAAAAUGUCUCUUAAAGCUCUGCCCCUUUAAUUAGUGCAUACUAAAUAAUUUAACUUUAGCCUACUACUACAACCAUAUUAUUUACCAGCAACAUAAAGUGAAACAGAGGCAGAGGUGUCCUGCCACAGUCAGUAACAAUCCCCCUCUUGUCCCCACAAUUUCCCCCUCUGUCUUCUUUUUUCUCUCUUUCUAUCCCCUCCUGCUCCGGCACCAAAUGAUAAUAUAAAUACAUUUAAUAAAGUCAAAUACAAAUAAAGCAACAAGAGAAGUAUCCUACACUUCUCUUUUGUAAAUUAUAUCUGAACAGCCAAUAUGGGCAUCUACAUCAACUAUAUAAUUUGCCUGAGAAGCUGGACAGGACAACUAAAACAAAAACAAAACAAAACAAAAAAAUGUUUUUUAUUUUUAUUUUUUAUUUGUGGCGGACGUAAUUCUUUCGUGGCGGGCCGCCACAAAUAAAUUAAUUUGUGGGAAACACUGAUAUAUACACAUUUAACUGUAAAAAUCUGCUGUACAGUAUGUGUGUUUGGGUCCUUUUUUUCCCAGGAACACUAAUUCCAAAAGUCACAAUGUCACAUAGAGUUCUAAAAAAGUUAUGACAGACCACCUCAAAAAAACGGAGUGGAAUUUUACAGUUUUUCCCUGAAUGGGUCACCCAAAAUGUACAUGAAAAUAAAGAAAGUGGGAUUUACAGAAUUAACUAUGAACAAUAAAACACUGAAUAUUAACAACAUAUGAACAUCUUCUACAUCUCAGACCAGCUCCUCCAUAGUUGCGUAUCUUUUACAAUCAAGCAAAAACACAACAAAAAUGUAACAAAUAGCAAAAUAUGAAUGCAAAGUGUAAUAAACACCUACAAUAUGAUAUAUUAUCACUUUUAUGCAGAAAUUUGUUGUAAAAAUUUGCUUCCUAAUAUGUUCCUCACAUGCGUUCUGGGCUGGCUGCUCGGAAAACAAGCCCCGCCCACUCUGCUUUGUUUCUAGUCUGAGCUGCUGUGACGUAGAUUACUGUAAUAACUCAUAAAACACUCAAAAGUGCAGAUUUUGACCAAUGAAAUACUUUUUACAGUUGAAGACUUACGGUCAUUUAAAAACAGCACUGCACAUCACAAUGGCGGCGACAGUUUUGAUGUUUAAAGAUCUAAAAAAAAUGAUGUAGAACGUCCGGCGGGCCGGAUUGAAAAUCUUAAUGGGCCGCAUGUGGCCCGCGGGCCGUAUUUUGCCAAGGUCUGCCUUAGAAUUUAAUGGCAACAACACAUUGCAAAAAAGUUGGCACACACAUUUUACCACUGUGUUACAUGGCCUUUCCUUUUAACAAAGCUCGGUAAACGUUUGGGAACUGAGGACACACAUUUUUGAAGUUUUUCAGGUGGAAUUCUUUCCCAUUCUUGCUUGAUGUACAGCUUAAGUUGUUCAACAGUCUACGUUGUCGUAUUUGACGCUUCAUAUUGCACCCCACAUGUUCAAUGUGAGACAGGUCUGGACUACAGGCAGGCCAGUCUAGUACCCGCACUCUUUUACUACGAAGCCACGCUGUUGUCACACGUGCAGAAUGUGGCUUGGCAUCGUUUUUGCUGAAAUAAGCAGGGGCGUCCAUGAUAACGUUGCUUGGAUUGCAACAUAUGUGGCUCCAAAACCUGUAUGUACCUUUCUGCAUUAAUGGUGCCUUCACAGAUGUGUAAAUUACCCCAUGCUUUGGGCACUAAUACCCUUUUUUGCCACUUGUGCCAGCUUUUCUGAAACAUGUUGCAGGCAUCAAAUUCCAAAUGAGCUAAUAUUUUCCUAAAAUGACAAAAGUUAUCCAGUUUAAACGUGAAGUAUCUUGUCUUUGCAGUCUAUUGAAUUGAAUAUAGGUUGAAAAGGAUUUGCAAAUCAUUGUAUUCCGUUUUUAUUUACCAUUUACACAACGUGCCAACUUCACUGGUUCUGGAAUGAUGUCUACAAGUAAAAUCUCCCCAAAAGAGACUCUGUAGUGGUUUUAGACUGGUUUUUCAAGGAGUUUCAGCACAUUUUGGAACGCACACUUUUAGCUCCAAAAUGCAGGCCUGCUGACAUCACCUACAGUAGACUGUAUGUUUUGGUAGCAUCUUCAUCCCCAAUCAUGUUAUU